AUGGCCAGUUACAGGGCAGAGCAUGCACGCCUUCAAACCAGUAAAACCACGGUGGCUGCUGAAAGGGAUGAGUUCAAGUCCCGCCUACAGAGUCUGAACAAUGAGAGAGACCGGUUGCAACGCAAUCACUCUUCAUUGAGAAGCGAGAAAGACCAGUUACAGGCCCGUUAUGAGUCCCUCGUCAAAGACAAAGAUGUAUUACGGAAGAGCUACGAUUCCCUCAUUCAAGAGAAACAACUUCUGCUCGCGAGCAAAACCAGUGUUGCUGCCGAAAGAGAUCAGUUCAAGUCCCGCUUCAACAAUCUGAAAGAUGAGAAAGACCAAUUGCAACGAGACUGCGCUUCACUGAGGAAUGACAAAAACCUGCUACAGGUCCGUUACAGCUCCCUCGCUAAAGAGAAAGAACACCUUCAAACCAGUAAAACCACCUUGUCCGCUGAAAGAGAUCAGUUUAGGUCCCGCUUUAACAGCCUGAAAAAUGAGGCUGACCAGCUACAACGCAAUUAUUCUUUGCUGCGAAACCAGAAAGACCAGUUACAGACCAGCUAUGAGUCUCUCUCGAAAGAAAAGCAGCUUCUCCUUGCCAGUAAAACCACUUUGUCGACUGAAAGAGAUGACUUCAGGUCCCGCCUUAACAACUUGCAAAGUGAGAAAGACCAGUUAGAACGCAAUCAUUCUGCACUGAGAAGAGACAAGGACCAGUUACAGGCCCGUUACAAUUCCCUUGAUCAAGAGAAAAAACUUCUACUUGCAAGUAAAACCACUUUGUCAAACGAAAGGGAUGAGUUGCGGUCCCGCUUCGACAGUCUGAAAAAUGAGAAAGGUCAGCUACAACAGAGUUUUUCUUCGCUGAGAAGCCAGAAAGACCACCUGCAGACCCGCUACACCUCACUCGUUCAAGAGAAAGAGGCACUUCGAACCAAUAACAGUCACGUGGCUGCUGAGAGAGAUGUCUUGAAGUCCCUCUGCAAUGACAUUAAAGAUGACAGAGAGCAUUUACAGAACAAUUACACUUUGCUGGAGGCUGAGCGAGACCAGCUGGGAAGAAAUAACAAAGCGCUUAGCAUAAGUGAAAGGAUGUGUCGGUCCUGGUCCUCGCUGCUACAAAGUCAAAAGAAGCAUAUUCAAAAGAACUGGGAGACUCUGCAAGUUGAAUACGAGCAGCUACGCAGAAAUCAAAGCAGCCUUGAGGCACAAAGGUACGAGCUGCAGAAGAACGUGGACAAGAUGACCUCCAAGAUGAGCUACAUGCUCUGUGGGGUCGGCUGGAGAAAGUUUGACGGCAACUGCUACUUCGUGUCAAGCUCUACUAAGAACUGGGUGAACAGCAGACAAGACUGCAUCAGGAAGGGAGGCGAUCUGGUGAUCAUAAACAGCAAAGAGGAACAGGAAUUCCUCGAUGGUUUGUUGCAGCAAGGCCAGCACGCGUGGAUUGGUCUGAGCGACCAAAUCGAGGAAGGAACGUGGAUUUGGGUGGAUGGGACGCCGCUCACCACCGCGUUCUGGAAGAAUGGUCAGCCCAACAACAACCGGAACCAGGACUGCGGUGAAAUCCAGAGAAAGUCCUUGUUCACGUACGGAGGCUGGAAUGACGAUAUCUGUUCCCUUAGACAACGUUGGAUUUGUGAGAUUUGAAGACAACAAGUAGCUUGAAACAUAACCCACGGGACUCUUUGGACGGCACAUCUUUUAUUUGCGUGUUAUUCAAUUCAACCGAAGAAAUCAUUUUUGGGGGUCCAAUUUCAACAAUUUUUAUAUACAAAUGAAAACAUGAUUUGGGUAUAUGACCCUCACCCAUAUUUCCAUGAAUAUUCUUGACUUCUAUGCAAAGUGUUCACUAAGCAUGGCAAUAAUUUUUUUCAAGAUUUAUUCUAUGUUUGGUUUUAAUUCUUAAAUAGUAUGAAUUUGUGUAAAUUACAUGAAUUUUGUUGAGUUAUUUUCUGUGAAAUAUUUGCUGCCUACCGGCCAGGAUGAGUUGCUAAAUCUCAAUAAAUAUUUUACCUCCUUAAAUAAAAGGUUGAAUUUGAUUCGUAGAGUACAUUUCUUAAAAUAUUACUAUAGUAUGGUAAAAGAAAUCUUCGAAGGCCCGCAAGGCCUCUCUGUUCAGCCAG